AUGGCACCCUUGUCUUUGAAAGCCAAAGGCCUCGGCGCCGCCGUGGCUGUCUACCUGUUAGGCCAGCCGAUCCAGUGCCCGUUCAUCGCUGGCCCUCUUAUCGGCGAUGCUGUGGCCAUGACCGUCGCCCAGGUCGGCUCCGCGGCAGCCAGCUUCGGUGGUGCGAUUGCCGGGGCGGCAGCUGGAUCUGACAGUAAGAGAAGCUUCGAUCUAAAUGGCCGUGCCGUCCAGGUCGAGGCGCCCGAGGGAGUCCCCCAGCACAACUUUGAUCAGUGCGUGGACAGCUUGAUGGACCCGGCAGUCACUGUGACGGUGACCGGUCCUGUUGAGAACAACGGUGUCCAAAUUGACGGCCUGACCUCUCAGUGCAUGGUUCUGAGUAACGUCAUCACCGGCGAUGUGGAGGGCCCCGUGGCCACUCCCUGUGGCUCUGCAUGUCUGCUGUACAACAACCUGGACUCGGACCAGUAUUCGCAGAUGCAGUCCACCUUUGAGGAAUUGAAAAACCUCUAG